AUGUUGUUCGCGCUAUCCCUCGCCGUGUGCCUAUCCGGCCAAGCGUCCGCGCACAUCGCUCUCUGGCAUCCCUCCAUGUUUGGCUUCAAUGCUUCAACUGACAGUAACCGCCCCGUGGAUCCCCUCAUGAACCGGCACUUUAACACCAGUGACGAGACUGACAGUUGGUGGUAUCACGGGCAUCUGAAGUACCCGCCGCACGACAAUGACAUGAUGCAACUCCCUGUUGGCGGCGUCCUCAAUGCCGAACUUUCUUGCGACAAAGGGACAACAUCCUGGUGGGCAUCUGCGCCCGGAGGUAACACUGCGUCGGUCGACCAACCAGACUAUCCAUGCCCGGGCCAGCCACUCUCCCAAUUCCAUACGACCGGCGCCAAUGACACGGGUGGAUGUGCACUGGCUGUUGCAUACAAGUCAAACGCCUGGGAAGUGAAUCCAGAGGAUUUCGUGGUUUUCUCGGUGAACCAGACGUGCGUCUGGACCAAGAAUACCAGCUUCCCGGUGCCGGGCAACAUGCCACCUUGUCCAAACGGAAAGUGCCAGUGCGCGUUUUUCUGGGGUCAUCAGGCAGACUCUGGAUCUGCGCAGAUAUACAUGAAUGGAUUCCAAUGCAACAUGGAUGGCGCGAGUAACUCACAGCCCCUCCCCCAAGGCAAUCCAGCUCGCCGUUGCGGCAACGACAUAUACCUUAAUCGCCCCGCUGACCCAAGUAACUGUACAAUUGGCGCUAAGCAACCGAACUAUUGGCAUCAGAUCGAGGGCAUAAAUCAAUUUGAGGAUAUCAUGCAGCCUCCAAGCUACCAGACUCUAUAUGGUUUUAUGGACGGCGCCCAAACCGACUUAUACGACGGUGUUGGUAAAACGCAACCUACAGGGUCUGCAUCGGCUGCUUCAAAACGCUCCUUCCCAACUGACCUUUCGACCUCGCGUGUCUGGGGACACCGUCGUUUGCACGGACAAGGCGCCUGA